GUCCGGGCCGCGCUCCGCUCCGCUCCGGGUUUGGCAGGCGGCCGCGGCGCUGGGUAAAAUGGCAGUGCUGAGCCUCGUGUCGGAGUGAGCCCCGCUCGGCGGAGCAGAGUCGGGAGCUGCCGCGCGGCUCGCCCAGCCCGGCCCCGCCGCCGCUCGGCCCGGCUCCGGGGACGGCGCCCGCCCGCCCGCCGUGUUCCCCCUCCCUCCCGCCUCUCCCACACCGGGAGCCCCGUCCCGGGUCCCCCCCACCCCCACCCCCCCCCCUCCUCCUCCUUCCCCCCCACUCCCUCCUCCUCCCCUUUCUCCGCCGGCUGCAACCGAGGAGGUACAGCGGGGCCAGGCCCCGGGAAGCCCAGCCCAGCGGAGCCCUCCCCGCCUCGCCAACCAGGCCGGGGGGGAAUGAGCCCCCGCUGCCCUGAAGAGCCCGCCGCCGCCUGAGCGGGGAGCAGCAGAGCAGCGAGGCCUCACGCCGGCCGGCCAGGCAGGGAGCAGCUCGGGGGGGACCGGUCCGGGGGGGGGGUGGCUGGGUGGGGAGGGGGGGGAUCAUGGCUGCUCAGGUCGCCCCCGCCGCCGCCAGCAGCCUGGGCGCCCCGGCUCCAUCCGAGCUGAAGAAAGCGGAGGCGCAGCAGCGGGAUUGUCCCCCGGAGGAGGCGGGGGGUGAGGCGGCGGCGGAGCGCGGCGGCGGCGAGAAGCAGGCGGAGAGCGAGGGCCCCACGGGGAAGGAGCUGCAGGACGGGGCCGAGAGCAACGGAGGGGGCGCAGGGGCCGAGUCCGACCUGAAGAACUCGAACGGGAACCCGGGCCCCAGGCCCGCCGCUGCCGCCGCCACCCUGAACAAUAACCUCCCGGAGCCGCCCGGUGGCGGCGGCGGCAGCAGCGACGGGGUGGGGGCGCCGCAGCAGCAGCAGCCGCCGCAGCAGCCUCCCCCUUCCCACCCGGCCGCCUUGCCCCCGCCAGCCUACGGCUUCGGGCAGCCCUACGGCCGGGGCGCCCAGGCUGCCGCCGCCGCCGCUGCUGCGGCCGCCGCCGCCGCUGCCUUCCACCAACAUGGCGGACAACAAAGCCCUGGCAUGGCAGCGCUGCAGAGCGGGGGCCUGGAGCAGUCCUACCCGGGGCCGGCGGGAGCCCCCGCGGGGCCGCCCCCUCCCCAGAACUCGCACGGCGGCGCCGAGCACGGCUUCCCCAACCACCAGUACAACUCCUACUAUGCGGCCGGGGCCGGACGCAGCGCCGGUUCCUACCCGCCUCCCCCCCAGGCCUACGCCCUGAGCUCCCCCCGGGGCAGCGCGCAGAGCUCCGCUCCGACGGCCACCGGCACCAAGUCUCCCGCAGCCGCCGCCGUCGCCUUCCAGCAGCAGCGCUUUGGGGUCAUGGGGCCCUCGGCCGCCGGCGGUGCAGGAGGAGGGGGAGCCACCCCGCAGCCCACGGCCACCCCCACCCUCAACCAGCUCCUCACCUCCCCCAGCUCCGCCCGCGGCUACCAGGGGUACCCCGGGGGCGACUAUAGCGGCGGGCCGCAGGACGGGGGAGCCGCCGCCAAGGGCCCGGCCGCAGCGGAGAUGGUCUCGCAGUACGGCGGGGGCAACAGUCAGGGCUGGGCCGCGGCGUCCGGCGGGGCCCCGCCGAGGAGCCACCACGCACCCAUGAGCCCCGGGAGCAGCGGCGGCGCCGGAGCGGGACAGAGCCUCGGCCGGAGCCAGCAGCCUUCAAGCCCGAUGGAUCAGAUGGGGAAGAUGAGACCUCAGCCCUACGGAGGAAGCAACCCCUACACUCAACAACAGGGACCUCAGGCAGGGCCCCAGCAAGGACAUGGCUAUCCAGGACAGCCAUAUGGGCCACAGACUCCUCAGAGAUAUCCCAUGGGAAUGCAAAGCAGGACGCAAAGUACAAUGGGCAGCAUCUCAUAUGCACAACAGAUUCCUCCUUAUGGACAGCAGGGCCCCAGUGCAUAUGGGCAGCAGAGUCAGACUCCAUACUACAACCAGCAGAGCCCUCACCCCCAGCAGCAGCCUCCAUACUCUCAGCAGCCUCCAUCCCAGACCAGUCACUCUCAGCCUUCGUAUCAGCAGCAGCAGCAGCCUCAGUCUCAAGCUCCGCAGCUCCAGACCUCACAGCCUGCCUACUCGCAGCAGCAGUCCCAGCCAGCCCAUCAGCAGUCCCCAACUCCCUACCCUCAGCAGCAGUCCGCAGCGCAGCAGCACCCUCAGAGCCAGGCCCCCUACUCGCAGCCGCAGGCGCAGUCGCCCUACCAGCAGCAGCAGCCGCCGCAGGCAGCUCCCUCGGCGCUCUCCCAGCAGCCUUCCUCCUACCCCCCGGCGCAGCCGCAGCAGCCGCAGGCUGCCUACUCCCAGCAGCGCUUCCCCCCUCCUCAGGAGUUAUCUCAAGACUCGUUUGGGUCCCAGGCAUCCUCUGCUCCCUCAAUGGCUUCCAGUAAAGGGCAAGAAGAGAUGAACUUGAACCUUCAGUCCAGACCUUCGAGCCUGCCGGACCUGUCUGGUUCAAUAGAUGAUCUGCCCAUGGGUACAGAAGGAGCCCUGAGUCCUGGAGUAAGCACAUCAGGGAUUUCCAGCAGUCAAGGAGAGCAGAGUAACCCAGCUCAGUCUCCUUUCUCUCCACAUACCUCUCCUCACCUGCCAGGCAUCAGAGGACCCUCCCCAUCCCCAGUUGGAUCUCCAGCUAGUGUUGCUCAGUCCCGCUCUGGUCCACUUUCACCUGCUGCAGUACCAGGCAAUCAGAUGCCGCCCCGACCGCCCAGCGGCCAGUCGGACACUAUCAUGCAUCCUGCCAUGAACCAGUCAAGCAUAGCUCAAGACCGAGGUUACAUGCAGAGGAAUCCUCAGAUGCCCCAGUACAGCUCACCCCAGCCUGGCUCAGCCUUAUCUCCUCGUCAGUCUUCUGGAGGCCAGAUGCACGCUGGCAUGGGGCCCUACCAGCAGAACUCCAUGGGGAGCUAUGGACCCCAGGGUGGGCAGUAUGGACCUCAAGGAGGUUAUCCCAGGCAGCCAAACUACAAUGCUAUGUCCAAUGCCAACUACCCCAGCCCGGGGAUGGGAGGAAGCAUGAACCCCAUGGGAGCAGGGAGCCAGAUGCAUGGGCAGACUGGUGUGCCACCCUACAGUGGGCUUCCUCCAGGGAGGAUGACCCAUGCCACCAUGGGGAACAGACCUUACGGACCUAACAUGGCAAAUAUGCCACCUCAGGUGGGGACAGGGAUGUGCCCCCCGCCCGGGGGCAUGAACCGCAAAGCACAAGAGGCAGCUGCCGCUGCCAUGCACGCUGCUGCCAACUCCAUCCAGAACAGGCCUCCUGGUUAUCCCAACAUGAAUCAAGGGGGAAUGAUGGGCACUGGACCCCCUUAUGGCCAGGGAAUCAACAGCAUGGCUGGGAUGAUAAACCCCCAGGGCCCACCCUACCCAAUGGGCGGGAACAUGGCCAAUAACUCUGCAGGGAUGGCAGCAAGCCCUGAGAUGAUGGGGCUGGGGGAUGUCAAACUGACACCUGCAGCUAAAAUGAACAACAAGGCAGAUGGGACACCAAAGGCUGAAUCCAAGUCAAAGAAGUCCAGUUCCUCCACUACAACCAAUGAGAAGAUCACCAAACUCUAUGAGCUGGGAGGUGAGCCCGAGAGGAAGAUGUGGGUGGAUCGGUACUUGGCCUUCACCGAGGAGAAGGCCAUGGGCAUGACCAACCUGCCGGCGGUGGGCAGGAAGCCCCUGGACCUUUACAGGCUCUACAUCUCAGUGAAGGAGAUUGGAGGAUUGACUCAGGUCAAUAAAAACAAGAAGUGGCGCGAGCUGGCCACCAACCUGAACGUGGGCACGUCCAGCAGCGCCGCCAGCUCGCUGAAGAAGCAGUACAUCCAGUGUCUGUACGCCUUCGAGUGCAAGAUCGAGCGCGGCGAGGACCCCCCGCCCGACAUCUUUGCAGCUGCUGACUCCAAGAAGUCUCAGACUAAGAUUCAGCCUCCCUCUCCAGCGGGUUCAGGCUCCAUGCAGGGCCCUCAGACACCUCAGUCCACCAGCAGCUCCAUGGCAGAAGGAGGAGACUUGAAGCCACCAACCCCAGCAUCUACGCCACACAGUCAGAUGCCCCCUUUGCCAGGCAUCAGGAGUAACUCGGUGGGCCUUCAGGAUGCCUUUGCAGAUGGAAGCGAUCCUGCGUUCCAGAAGCGGAACUCCAUGACUCCCAACCCGGGGUACCAGCCCAGCAUGAAUGCCUCUGACAUGAUGGGGCGCAUGUCCUACGAGCCAGGCAAGGACCCCUACGGCAGCAUGCGGAAAGCUCCGGGAAGCGACCCCUUCAUGUCCUCAGGGCAGGGCCCCAACAGUGCUAUGGGUGACCCUUACAAUCGUGCUGCAGGCCCAGGGAUGGCUAACAUGGCCAUGGGACAGCGGCAACACUACUCCUACGGAGGUCCUUACGACAGAGUGAGGACAGAGCCUGGUAUGGGACCUGAGGGCAACUUAACUGCCGGCACUCCGCAGCCAAACCUCCUGCCUUCCACCCCGGAGUCGGGGAUGUACUCUCCCAGCCGCUACCCGCAGCAGCAGCAGCAGCAGCAGCAAAGACAUGAUUCCUAUGGCAAUCAAUUCUCCACUCAAGGCACGUCCUCGGGCAGCCCCUUCCCCAGCCAGCAAACUACCAUGUACCAACAGCAGCAGCAGAACUACAAGCGGCCCAUGGACGGCAGCUACGGACCCCCCGCCAAGCGGCACGAGGGGGAGCUCUACAGCGUCCCCUACAGCGCGGGGCAGGGGCAGGCGCCGCAGCCGCUGCCCGCAGCGCAGAGCCAGCAGCCGAGCGCGCAGCCGAGCGCGCAGCCGGCGCCGCAGCAGGACCUGUACAACCAGUACGGCAGCGGCUACCCCCCCGCCGAGCGCCGCGCCGCCGCCGCGCCCCAGAACCAGUUCCCCUUCCAGUUCGGCAGGGACAGGGUCUCGGCCCCGCCGGGCUCCGGCGCCCAGCAGAGCCUCCCGCCGCAGAUGAUGGGGGGCCCCAUGCAGCCCGCCCCGGAGGGCCCGCAGCAGGGCACCAUGUGGCAGGGCCGCGGCGAGAUGGGCUACAGCUACCCGAACCGGCAGGGCGCCGGCGCCGCGCCCCAGGGGCCUGCGUACCACGGAGUGACUCGGACGGAGGAAAUCCUGCACUCGGACCAGAGGGUCAACCACGAGGGGCCGUGGCCUUCCCACGGCAACCGGCAGCCUCCCUACGGUCCCUCUGCCCCCGUGCCCCCGAUGACGAGGCCCCCUCAGUCUAACUACCAGCCCCCCCCCAGCAUGCAGAAUCACAUUCCUCAGGUAUCCAGCCCAGCACCUCUGCCCAGACCUCUGGAGAACCGCACUUCUCCCAGCAAGUCUCCCUUCCUGCACUCGGGGAUGAAGAUGCAGAAGGCAGGGCCACCAGUGCCUGCCUCCCACAUCACACCAGCAGCUGUCCAGCCCCCCAUGAUCCGGCGAGACAUCACCUUCCCGCCGGGCUCCGUGGAGGCCACACAACCUGUGCUGAAGCAGAGGAGGAGGCUGACAGCAAAAGACAUUGGAACUCCUGAAGCCUGGAGAGUGAUGAUGUCUCUGAAGUCUGGGCUGCUGGCUGAAAGCACGUGGGCCUUAGAUACCAUAAACAUCCUGCUCUACGAUGACAACAGCAUCGUGACCUUCAACCUCAGCCAGCUCCCAGGUUUGUUGGAGCUCUUGGUGGAGUAUUUCCGGCGCUGCCUGAUCGAGAUCUUUGGAAUCCUGAAGGAAUAUGAAGUGGGAGACCCAGGGCAAAGAACACUAUUAGACCCCGAAAGGUUCUGCAAAUCUUCAGCUUCCUCUCACGAAGAAGGGGAGGAGGAGGAUGAACCACGGAGCCUGAACUGUGAGGAGGAUGAGGAGGACGAGGAAGAGGAGGAGGCUGCAUUCUCAAGCAAGGACAAAGUACCCCUGGAGAGCAGCGAGGAGAAGCUGGUGAGCAAAUUCGACAAGCUGCCGGUGAAGGUGGUGCAGAAGAACGACCCCUUCGUGGUGGACUACUCGGCCAAGCUGGGGCGCGUGCAGGAGUUCGAGAGCGGGCUGCUGCACUGGCGCAUCGGCGGCGGCGACACCACCGAGCACAUCCAGACACACUUCGAGAGCAAGGCGGAGCUGCCUGGCACCCACAAGCGGCCUCCCUGCGCCUCCGCCGCCAGGAAGUGCUCAGCAGCCGAGAGCAGCCCCGGCACGAAGGAGGGAGAGGCUCCUGCGUCCGACAGCUCCUCGGAGAAGAGAAUCACUGCCACCAUGGACGACAUGCUGUCGGCGCGCCCCGGCGCCCUGGCGGGCGAGGAGGAGGAGGUCAAACCUUUGGAAGCGGCAAAGGAGAGCAGCAAGUUUCCCUUUGGCAUCAGCCCGGCUCAGAGCCACAGAAACAUCAAAAUCCUGGAGGAUGAGCCUCACAGUAAGGACGAGACUCCCCUCUGCACCCUCCUGGACUGGCAGGACUCCCUGGCCAAGCGCUGCAUCUGCGUCUCCAACAUCAUCAGGAGUUUGUCGUUUGUGCCGGGCAAUGACUUUGAGAUGUCCAAACACCCUGGGCUGCUGCUGAUCCUGGGCAAGCUGAUCCUCCUGCACCACAAGCAUCCAGAACGCAAACAGGCGCCCCUGACCUACGAGAAGGAGGAGGAGCAGGACCAAGGGGUGAGCUGCAACAAGGUGGAGUGGUGGUGGGACUGCCUGGAGAUGCUGCGCGAGAACACGCUGGUCACGUUGGCCAACAUCUCCGGGCAGCUGGACCUCUCCCCUUACCCGGAGAGCAUCUGCUUGCCCAUCCUGGAUGGACUGCUCCACUGGGCAGUGUGUCCCUCAGCAGAGGCCCAGGACCCCUUCCCAACGCUGGGGCCCAACGCGGUCCUGUCCCCCCAGAGACUGGUUUUGGAAACACUCAGCAAACUCAGCAUCCAGGACAACAACGUGGACCUGAUCCUGGCCACGCCACCGUUCAGCCGCCUGGAGAAGCUGUACAGCACCCUGGUGCGGUUCCUCAGUGACAGAAAGAACCCCGUGUGCCGGGAGAUGGCCGUGGUGCUGCUGGCCAACUUGGCACAGGGGGACAGCCUGGCGGCCAGAGCCAUCGCCGUGCAGAAGGGCAGCAUCGGCAACCUGCUGGGCUUCUUGGAGGACAGCCUGGCGGCCACGCAGUUCCAGCAGAGCCAGGCCGGGCUGAUGCACAUGCAGAGCCCUCCCUUCGAGUCGACCAGCGUGGACAUGAUGCGCAGAGCCGCCCGGGCCCUGCUGGCCCUGGCCAAGGUGGACGAGAACCACUCGGAGUUCACCUUGUACGAGUCGCGGCUGUUGGACAUCUCGGUGUCGCCCCUGAUGAACUCCUUGGUUUCACAAGUGAUCUGUGACGUACUGUUCUUGGUUGGCCAGUCAUGACAGCUGGGGGAUCCCCCCCGUGUGCGUGUGCGUGAGUGGAGCCCCUAGGAACUGACUGUUGCCCUUUAUUUAUGCAAAACCACCUCAGAAUCCACUGUCUGCCCUGCGCUGUCCUGCUUCUCCCCCGGGGCCCGACGGCCCCGCUCCCCUUUCCCCUCUCCCUCCCUUCUCCCUUCCGAUUUGUCCUGAAUCCCCUAUUAAAGGAGACAAAAGUUCUGGCUACAGAGAA